AUGGUCAAGGGAAACAAGCAAUCUGAAAGGACAGCGAAAGCCUCUUCAGAGAUACAACACUCCAAAAACAACGAUCCACUAGAGAGCUCUUCGCGACCAUCCGAAAGCUCGUCUCACGAAGUAACGAUCAAUCCAUCGCCUCCUUUGGGCCGAGAGAAACACAAUAAGAAGAGCAUCCGUCCACCCGUGCUUUUUCAUCGCGAAUACGAAGAGCCUCAGGGCAUUUUUAGUCAGUGGUACAUCAGCUCUUUCACAGACCCUUCGACCGAUCAAACAUACAACUGCGCAGAGCGAUACAUGAUGCAUCAGAAAGCAGUCUUGUGCAACGAUGAGACAUCUGCUGCAUCUAUCCUCGCGACGCCAUACCCCAAAGAUCAGAAAGCACUUUGUCGUUGUGUUGCCAAUUGGGACAAUGCUACGUGGGAUGCAGUGAAGGAAAAUGUCGUCGAGGAAGGAAGUUACUUGAAGUUUUCGCAGAACAAGGAGUUGAGGGAUAAAUUAUUGAUGACUGGAGAGAGGGAGCUCGUAGAAGCGAGUGCCAGUGACCGUGUCUGGGGCGUUGGAUUCAAUGCUAAUUCAGCGUUAUCAAGGAGGGAUGAAUGGGGUACAGAUCUGUUAGGCAAGUGUUUGAUGAGAGCUAGAAAGAGGAUCAAGAAGGAAGAGGAGAGAAGGGAUGUAUGA